AUGAUUACGACCCGGAAACGCCAAACCCGAUACCUCGCGACCAUGGAAUUAGAUGCUAAAGACGAUUGGCAGGAGGCCCCGAAUUACUACUGGGAACGGGUCAAGCCGGCACGCAAUCGCACACGCGGAAUCCCACCAAGUAGCAUGAAGCCGGGGACGAAGGGAUCGACACCGUUGGCCACGCAGCGGCGAGAUGUCCCCGCUCGUCUUGAGAAGCGCUCCAAAGCGAAAAAGCUGAUGUUCGAAUGUAAGGAUAAGGGUGGUAAGCAUAAGGUUAAAUACACCCGCUCGGUAUACCUUGGGAACACUCAACCGGACCUUAUGUCCGCCGCGGCUAGGCAGGCUGUUGACCUUGUCCAAAGAGAUAUGUGUGUAGACACGCAUGUUCACGAGAGGCCAUUACGGGAACGCAAGAAAAUCCAUAUCACUAUCGCGGUGUUCCGCUACCAGAACUUGCCCAAAUCCCGGGAACGCUUCCAGAUGGUCUUUGAUGGCAUUGCAACCGAUCUCGAAUGGACUUCCAAAGCAUGCGAGGACGCCGAUAAAAAGGAUGUUAAUUUGGAGGAUUGCUGGUGUAGGUUCUUUCAGGAUCAUACUGGUCGUAUUGUGAAAGCGGUUAUCGAUGAGAUGAGGCAGAAACGGCAUCCAUCGAAGAAUCUCAAUGAUAAGAAGUGA